GAUUUUUUUUAUUCUUGACAGAAAUAUUGAGAGCAACAUUCGAAGAACAACGGAAUAAUUUCACAACUGAUAUGGAGGAAGGAAUGAAGAUGUUAAAAGAACUUGCAGAAAAUAUUAAGACGCCGUCCGUUGCAUUCUUUGCACACAAUGUGGUAGAUCUAAAGCUUGACAGAACAAACAAAAUCAUCAUAUUUACCACAGCAACGACCAAUGAAGGAUCAGGAUAUGACACUUCCACUGGGAUCUUUACGGCACCUGUAGGGGGAUUGUACCUAUUUAUCGUAAACUUUUGUUCAUUAAAGAAGCAACAUUCACCUCUUGCCUUGGUGCUAUCAGGAAACGUGAUUGCUCGGUCGUCAAAUUAUAAUGCAGACUACCAUAGUUGCAGCUCCUUUUCUGCAAUAGUAAGAGUAAAAUCGUCAGAAAAGGUAUGGGUUAAAUUUAUGUAUGGAUCACCUGGUUAUGCUUUAUAUAAAGAUGCUUGGAUGUUGAACUCCUUCAGUGGAAUUCUAAUCAACAAAUAAAGUAUUUUUACCAACAUUCAUAUUACAUAGCAAACUGUUCAAAUACAGUACAACUUGACUGUUUAACAAUUAAAAAGCUUGAAGUUGAUACACAUGAUAAAGUUCUAUACUCACAACUUAUUGCUAACCUAGAUAUCGUUUGAGUCUCGAGCAAAAUCGUUAAGCGAGAAGGGUCUUGGAUAUUUCAUGUAAAUCACUGAUAGCAAGGUUUUGCAUUUUCAAACUUUAUAUUACAAAGUUCAUAUAUCUUUAAUAUAUUUAAAUUAUAUGUCAUAUUUAUAUGUCAUAUUACUAUGUAGAUUUGUAUUAUUACAUAUACAACAUUUAUGCAUUUUUCAAUGUAUUUAUGUAAAUUACAUUCGCCUAUUCAAAACAAUGGCAAUGGAAAUAAAAUUGUCUGCAAUACUGUAUAUUGUCAUUAUUUUUUCAGUAGGAAUGUUAAACAGUUGCCUUUAACUAUGAUAGGCUUAUCACGUAACUUUAAAAUCAUUUGUUCAUUGCGCAAGAGUAGAACGAACACAAUUUCUAGAUUUUGUCGACUAUAUAUGUAUAUAUGUAUAUAUAUUUGUUUGCCUUUAAAGAUAUACUUCGCUCAAAUUUGAUAUUAUAAAAUAUUUAUAAAUAUUAAAAAAUACAUGUUUGACUUCACACAAAGAAGAAGAUAUGUUAUGUUUAAAAUUCUACCCACUUUAGGUAGUCACAAUAUAUAUAUCAUCUGAGUAGACCGUAAGCAAGCUGGAUAUCUUCCUCACAUGAAAUAAUCCAUAUUUCCUGGUGGGAUUCGAACCCACAGCGGUGAUGGGCAAGUGAUUUUAAGUCAACGACCUUAAAAACUAGGCCACGUUCGCCCCUAUUAUAUGAUCAAAACUUACUACUUAACGAGCAAUUUUCUGAAUUUCAGCAAGACAAGUAUCUUGGAAUUCUUCAACAAAUUUCUGUUAAUCAAUGACUUUAAGUAUGAUCAAAUUCUUACGAAAUUUAUAUCAGAUCAUGAUAUUUUUAAUGUAUACUUUUAGAGAUUUCGUAUUUUCCUAUAACAUACCUUUAUCUAAGAGAUAUACACGUUUAUAUAAUUGUAACUAUCAUCACAUAUAAAUAUCAAUCAUGAAGUUGAAAAGAAUUGUAAUCAGAAUAAUUUGUAAACUUUAAUCAAAAUUUUAAAGGUUGUAUUGUAUUGCUGAUACUGAUAUUAUUUCAAAAAUAAGUUAAAAAUAGCAAACCAUAUAUUAUGCAUGUGCGUUGUAACUAUUCUUCUGUUAGUACGUUUGUUAAUGCAUCAUCAUUGUUCUUCUAGCAUUGUAUGUAUUCACAUUUAUAUUCAUGUUUGUAUUCACAACGUCAAAUAUCUGUGUAAAUGCAAAUAUAAAGUGAUGUAAUCACUCGCUUUAUGCACUUCUUACUUAUAUCAUCAGCUGUUAAAUAAUUGCUACAGUAUGAAUAACUUCUUAAUAAAAAGACAAUUCCCUUGAAUUGAGUUGUUUAUUUUUUGCACGGGAGAAAAGUGAAAGAAAAUACUGAAAACGAAGCCUUUUUCGUCGACAGAUACUUUCUAAAAUUGACAGACAGAAAUAUGUGCGGUGU